CUUGCAUUGUGACUCGCAUACUUAUGCUACGAUUUUCAAGGCGUGCACCAACAAAAACCUUCUGUCUCGGGGAAAAGAGGUUCACGCACAAACAAUCAAAGCGGGUCUAGACUCUGCUUCGUUCGUGGCGAACACGCUGGCCUCCAUGUACUCGAAAUGCAGAGAUUUUACCCAAGCGGUUUUGGUGUUCAAACGAAUGCUAGUUCGAGAUGUGGUUUCGUGGACUAGUGUCAUCGCCACCUAUGCUCAGAUGGGUCGAGAAAUUGAAGCCAUUCGUUCCUUUAUUGCUAUGCAGAGCGAUGGGGUGAGGCCCAACGAGCACACUUAUGCCGAGGUGAUCUCUGUGAUCGGUGACGUUGCGCUGGGCGAGCAGAUUCACGUGCACGUGAUACACAUCGGAUUUAUCAGCACAAGAACGGUCACCAACACGCUCGUCACGUUCUACUCUCGUGCCAGCCGACUCAGUUCAGCUGAUGCAGUGUUCAGGGAAAUACGCUCAAAAGAUAUCGUCUCAUGGAGCUCUAUUAUCUCAGCUUACGCCCAAGAGGGGUACACAGAAGAGAGUUUCUCGCUCUUUGCGCAGAUGCGUGAUGCUGGAAUACUCCCUACUGAGUAUCAAAUCUCUAGCCUUUUCAGCACCUGUGCAUCCUCAGCGAUGCUGGAUGCAGGACGCCAGCUCCACGCUCUCAUGAUACCCACUGGAGUAGAAUCUGAUUCAAAGAUCAACAGCUCAUUGAUCAACAUGUACUCAAAAUGUGGGAUGAUCGAUGAGGCUCAUAGGGUUUUCAAAGAUACGGGAGCCGAGAAUGUGGUCUCCUGGACUGCUAUGAUCAAUGGGUAUGCAGAGCACGGGCUCAGCAAUGAGGCCAUCAGUAUGUUCGAUAGCAUGACGAAUACAGGACUCGUACCUGAUCAAGUAGCAUAUAUUGGCGUCUUGACAGCAUGUAGCCAUGCAGGGCUUGUUGAUCUAGGACUCAGAUACUUUGAGAAUAUGAAACAUAAUUGUAAGAUCGAGCCGUGGAAGGAGCAUUACGGUUGCAUAGUGGACAUGUUAGGCCGAGCUGGACGCUUAAAGGAGGCAGAGAACGUGAUCGACUCAAUGCCAUGGAGAGCGGACGAGGUUGUGUGGACCACAAUGCUACGGGCAUGUGCAGUGCAUGGGGAUAGCGAGUUAGGGCAGAGGGCGGCGGAGAGAGUGCUGGAGCUGGAGCCAGAGUGUGCGGGUGCACACAUUGCGCUGUCGAAUAUAUACGCGGCCAAGGGGAGAUGGGGGGAGGCGGCAGUUAUGAGAAGGGCGAUGAGGGGGAAGGGAGUGAGGAAGGAGGCGGGGUGGUCGUGGAUUGGCAUCGGGGAUGGU